AUGCGAAACAAUGCAAAUGUUCAAGUUGAGGCUCAUAUGCGAGAUAUAAGCUUACAAGACAUCGUUUUAGUCAACGAGAUGAAGGGACGAGUGAAGUUCAUUGGAGAAACAAAAUUUGCAAAAGGCAUAUGGUAUGGUAUUGAACUGGAUAAGCCUUUAGGAAAGAAUGAUGGAAGCGUUAGCGGUACUCGUUACUUUGAUAUCGACGUGAAGAAAGCUAAUUUAAAUGGUGGCUAUUACGGUCUUUUCUGCAGGAGAGAUACGCUGCGAUUCUAUAAACCAACCGGCGAUGAGCAUAGUUCGCCAAAUGGUAACACAGCGCAAGAAACAAUAAAAAAACUUCAAGUAGAAUGCGAAUCAUUGACGUUCGAAUUAAAUAGAAGAAAAAUAGAAAACCAUGAGCUGAAAAUUGCCGCUGAAAACCUGAGUAUAAGUGAAACUGAUCUAUUGUCUAAAACUUCAGAUUUGGAUAAACUAGUCAAAAAAUUGAAAAUGGAAAAUGGUAACAUGAAAAUUCAUUUAGAAAAUUUCAAUAAGAUGUUAGAUGUUCCAAAUGAUGCAAUGGCGCGAGAUCUCGACAAAGACACUUUGCAGGAAAGGAACUGCCUUCUUCAAGGAUUGCUCGAACAAACAAAGUUGUCAUAUGAUAAAGCUAUGAAAAUGCAGGAGGACCUACUCGAAGAAAAUACUCAGUUGUUGGAAGAGAAUGCAGUAUUAUCAAAAAAGGUAUCAGAUCUAGGUCUGCAAUUGCAACAGACCAAUAACACGAUCGGCGACCUUGUCCUACAGAUUGAAGCCCAAAGUAAAUCAUCUAAUAUUGUUGAUAGAUUGACGAAUGAUAAUAUUUUACUUACAAGUAAUAUUAAGGCUCUAAACAGUGAGUUGGAGGAACUACACGUAAAAGAAGAAUUGGAAGAAAAUUUAAGAAUUACGUAUGAGCAACUCGAGCAAGAAUUGAGACUACAAUUAAGUAAUUUACAAUCUGCGUUAGAGAAUAAAAAGGAGCUAGCAGAUACGUACAUCGAAGAAAAUGAAAGAUUAAAAGCAACAUUGGAAUCUUUUGAAGAAAAGGCAACUCACAAAUCCCAAAGUCUUGAAUUAAAAGUGAAUACCUUACAGGAGGAAUUAUAUCAAAAUAAAUUGUUGAAAAACUUUUAUCAAAUAUAUGAGCCAUUUACACAGUCACAUUUACAGGCUCUUUCCUCUCAAUUGCAAUAUUUGGCCGAAGUAAUCGAAAGUGAAAAUUUUGGAAAUUUGGAGAAUAUUCAAAUUUACACUAUUUUAAAGGUGUUGAGCUCUAUUAGUUAUACGCUUCAUAUUCAUUCAAUGGAAAAUGCCUCUGAUCACCUAGAAGAAACAUUACAAUGUUUCAAAGUAAAUAUUGCCCCAAUUUCGAUGUGGCUAAGCGAGUUCUUGCAACGAAAAUUUUCUUCAAAACAAGAAACCGCCUUUUCCAUUUGCCACUUUUUAGAUGAGAAUAAGUAUCUGGAUAAAGACGUGACCUUGAUACUAAAAAUACUUUAUCCAAUUUUUGAAACAACUGUUCCGAAACUGUUGGCUUUUUUUAGAGCAAGCAGCAAUUUGGGUGACGAUGAUACGCUGUGCUUUAUUGGUUCCCUUUACGAGAUGUCAUUUUCAUUUGCUGCCAGAAUCGAUAAAUUUAUCGUAAAUAAACAAGUUUCGAUACCAGACAAUAGUCUGCUUUUAACUCCUUCUUGCAAUAUAAACUCGUCCUCUAUCUUGAUGACAUUUUUUUCAGGCCCACUGUUUUUUCCACAAGAAUAUAAACGUAUUUGUUCUUUAAAAAAACUAAAGGCAUUUUUUGAAGGAGUAGAGGUUCUCCUUGAAAACAUAAUUAUAUCUACUGAACAACCAAAACAACCAUCGAUUAGUUCAGCGAGUGAAUCGAACAAUAAGGAUAGCAAUUUUUUAAACUCGUUAGUAAGCGAUCACUUGAAUGAAGAGAAUAUUCGUCUCAAAGAGGUAUUGCUUCAAAAGGAAAAUGUGCUAACUGAAUUGGAAACGAAAAUAAAAAUUUUUAUGGGGAGAGAUUCGGAGAGGAAAACUCUCGAACAGAGUGUUAAAACCCUCCAAGUAGAGCUAAAUAACAAAAUUGAAGAAAACUGUGGCAAAUCAGAAAUGCUUAAUAAGCUAAAAGAAGAAAAUGCGAACCUACUGAACCGUUUGAAGAAUAUGGAGCUCAGUCUGUAUCAGAUAAAGGAUAAUAGUAAGUUGAAUAAAAUAUAUUUAGACAGAGAGAAGGUAGAUAGGGUAAACUUAGUUUCUGAAAUUAUGGAGUUGAAAGAAACCAUAAAAAGACGAAUAAAAGAGCAUAAACAAGUGAGGAUCGACUUCAGCUGGCUAGACGAGUUUCCAACUAUGGAAAAUAAACAAUCAUCUAAAGGACACCUCUACCGCAGUUUAAACACCCUGGAAAUAGAAAUGGUCAACUUUAUGAGUACAUCACGGAUUUUAGAUAUGAAGCUUGAUCGAUCUCUGACAGAAGAUGAAUUAUGGCAUGAAAACGACCGUUCUUACAUCGCGUAUUUAAAACGCAAGAGGAAAAAUAUACGAAUUAAAUCACAGAAUACUUUUACCUAUAACAAAUGA